UACCUCCACCUCAAUUUCCCACACUCUCAACCCUAACCUCCCCACCACCACCACCGCCACCACAAUCUGCCACAAUGUUCGGAGCUCAAUCGUCGUCUUCUCCCUUCGGAGCCCAGACGUCCUCUUCUCCCUUCGGAGCCUUCGGCACUCCAUCUUCAAACUUCGGUACUCCGGCUUCAACCUCCGCCUUCGGGACUCCGUCGUCGGCGCCGUCCUUCUUCACUCCUAGUUCCACCCCGGCCUUCGGAACUCCCACCACGUCGUCGUUUUCCACCGGCGGCGCCUUCGGGUUUAACAGCGCAUUCUCGACCCAGACUCAGCAGCAGCAGCAAACGUCGCCGUUUCAGCAACAAGCUCCCUCCGCCGGUGGAUUUGGGACGCAGAAUCUGUUCGGUACACCGCAGCAACAGCCGCAGCAGACGCCGUCGUUUCAGAGUCCCUUUCCUUCUCAAUUGACCACUCAGAUGGCUCCCGUGGCUCCUCUCCCUUACUCUCUCGCCGAUCGUGACAUUCAGGCUAUUGUUGACGCUUAUAAGGAUGAGCCUGGAAACCCCAAAUAUGGCUUUAAGCAUUUGCUGUUUAGCGUAACUGAUCCGCAGUUUAGGGUGAAGCCUGCUGGUGUAUCAGAUAUAAUGUGGGCGGAGGCUAUGGGGAAGCUUGAAGGUCUAUCGAGUACCGACAGAGAAAGGUUGUGGCCUGAGCUUGUUCAGGGUUUUAAGGAUCUUUCGCAACGCCUGAAGCUCCAAGAUGAAGUCAUACUUUCAGAUGCCGAGAGAUUGCAAAUGACCCAAAGCAAUGUCAAGAUGCUACAAAGACAUUUUCAAGCUGACACUAUUCCUCGAAUUGAAAGAAUGAGACAGAAACAGCAAGGUCUUGAAAGGCGCCUGUUGAGGGUAAUGAGAAUACUGGAGGCACUAGAAGGCAAGGGUUUCCGAUUGCCUUUAAUGAAAGGGGAAGCUGACUUGGCUGAGAAGUUAGCUGCAAUAACUAGACAGUUGAAAGGAUCUGGAGCAGAGCUGUCUAGCAGGGUACAAAACCUGCGAACUAUAUCCCGUGUCCAAGCAAAUUCUUUUGGUGCUGGUGGUUUUGUUUCUCUUCCAGGAUCAACCAGAAUACAUGAACAGAGUCUUGCUGAUAUGCAAGAGGUCUUACAACAGCAGACUGAGGCUAUCGCGAGACUUGGCAAUGUUUUGAAGCGUGAUAUUAGGGAUAUGGAGAUUAUAAUGGCAGAGGAGGAUCCAGACACUACAGAUAUCAUGUGCCAUUAAGGAAAAACAAUAAGAGUUGAGCUAGGAUUUUAAUUGUAAUAUUUGGUUAUUAUUAUUAUUAUUAUUACUUUCUGAGUUUGAGUGCUUGGUGCCAGGUUAUAGCCCCCUCUAUGUUUCUCAGACUUCCAAAGGAAAUUGUGGACAUCAUUUUAUAUGAUCAUAGGGAAUUAGAACUAACUUCUGCAAUGAAAAUUUGAUUUCAUCA